GUUACUGUUGGAUAUACGGACGAAUUAUCUUCGAGAAACGGAAGACCUUGCAGGACGAUAAUAUUCUCGAGCCAAGAUACGGGAGCAAUUACGUUGCAAGUAAGGAAGCCUGUGUUCAGUACCUAAUAUGCUGUCGUCUUCUGGCAAUAGCAAUAGUGGCGGAAACGCCAAUGACCAGGACGCGUACAGGGUACCAAGGAGGACACCAAUGGCCUGUACCUUCUGUCGAGGUCGAAAGCUGAAGUGCGAUGGACGUACUAUCUGUACGAAUUGCGCGCAGCGCAAUUUGGAAUGCAUAUACAAGCCUGUGGCGGAAACAUGACUGCGUGACGUGCGAUGCUCCGGUGAUAUCCUAACGCAGUUUCCUUAUGCCACCCAAAAUCAAUGGUCGAAUUCGAGGGAGACUCUUGUAAUAUAGACAUAGAUUGCGAGAUGGCUCCUCGUCUUCGCGAAUUUCGUUCAUUCCACUCUUCUGUUAUUCGGUCUUGAAGUCUGUACUCUGUUGUUUUAUUUUUUGACCUCCACGGAUAUUUUAGUUCGGGUUCUGUUGCUUACUUAUGAUUGUUAUUGCCCCGGUUUUUUCGGGGAGUUUGUAUCUUAUGUAGCAGGAUGGUCGGGCUAGCCGGCGAGCACAUCGUCGUUGU